UAAAAUGCGUUAGUACUCUCGGCCAAUCACGGACCAGCGGUGCUGUGGUUCCUGGGAUGGGGAUGGGGCGUAUAUAAAGGACAGGACAGCAGCGUUUCCCCAAUACUAGAAGGUACUUAUCCAGUGUCAGCCGAAGUCAUGUCCCGCUUAGCACUGGUCGCGGUCCUCGUCUUGGCCUCCGUCGCCACUGCUCGCAUGCCCUACCAGUUACCUGCGGACGUGGAACAGUACUUAUCGUCUCCCAUCCAGACCACCUUCUCCUGCGACAACUUACCCUACGGCUACUACGCCGACGUAGACAACAACUGCGAGCUCUUCCACGUGUGCUUCCCCGUCGCUGAUGAGAUCGGUGCCUUGGUGGAGACGGCGCACUUUACCUUCGCGUGUGGCAAUGAGACCGUCUUCGACCAGGAGUCCCUUGUUUGCUCCCACAAGGACCUCUCUUUUCCUUGUUCGGAGGCGCGAACCCUCUACGAACUCUCCAACUCUGAGUUCUUCAGGAUCCCCGAGGACAUAUAAGAUGGACUUGCCUGUUCUUCAUGAUCCAUGGGGAGAUAGGAGGUGGAGAUGCCUAUCCUUUGGGAUCGCCUAGAAGAUCUAAAAUUCAUUUAUCUCUUCAGGAUUCACUAGGAGAUCUAGAAAUCUGUUCUCCAAGAACCUCGAGGUCUAAGAAUAUUUUCUUCAGGAGCGUCAUGAGAUCUAAAAUUUCUUCAAGAAUCUCGAGAUCUAAGCAUACGUUCUUCAGGAACUCUGAGGAGAUAUAUGAUUCACUUGCCUCUUCUUCCAGACUCCUGCUACAAGUUCUGACGACAGAUAUUUCCAGCUGCUGUAGUUCAGCUUUUGACAUCAGUUUCAAUUUCAGAACCAAGAGUAUCUUUCCCUAAAUUCACUGGUUCAUUCUGUGUGAGGAGCUUCAGAUCUGAUUACCCUUAGUGUGCCUGGGUAGCAGUGCCAGUUACCUAUUUGCACCUACUGGAGCUAUGCUCGCGGUGUCCUGUCUUCAGUGCUCGCAGCUACAUAAGCAAUGCCUACUAGUGUCCCGUGUUCCAUCGAUCAUAUAAUUAUUCUGUUAAUGUCCAAUGGUUGUUGUACUAUCAUCUUCGGUGCCCAGUUCAUUGUUCAGUCACACUAUAAAAAAAAAGUCGUAUGUGUUCGUGUUUGUGUGCAGUGGGCUGCGUUUCAAAACUUAUUUGCAAAUAAAAGUGUUACAGAAAUAAUGUUUUAAUUGCAGUACUAGUUGCUUACUGGACGUCACUCGAACCCAACUCUCAGGUCAACUGUAUUCCUCAGCUUCAACUCUCAUUUGUACUAAUGUGAGAUGAGUGUUACAGAAUUAAUAACAAUUAACAAUAAGAGAAGGAUAAAUAACUUGGAAGACAUAAUAAUAUUCCCCUGGAUAUUUUUUUUUUAAUUUUGUAGAGAAUAUAACAAUUUUAUUUAGUCACCAUUUUUUUUAAUUAUCGUCAUUUUUUGGAUGCUUGCACUCAUCACGUGGAAAUCCUCCAGCAGGUCUGGAGUUUCUUACAAAUUGGUAUUUUGGCCAAGAUAUGACUUCCUGCAGGACUGGACGUCACAUCCUGGGCAUUAUAAUCUUAGAAAGCGACAUCCAUUAGUCAAGUAACACUUAUCGACAACGCAGUUAAAAGUAUUUCGCCACAGUAACAAUAUAAAGAGUGAAACUGUCACACAUCAUCAGUACCUUUGGCUAAAUUAAGCAUUUCUUGCCAAGCUGAUGAUGCGACUUGAGAUCAGUUAAAUGAUAACGGUUCCAUCCCAUAGUAUUACGGUAACGGACGUGAAUGUAUGGGCCAAAUGAUGUAUGUUCUACUAAUGAGAGACCACGGCUGACAGACCACGGGUGACAGACCAUGGCUGACAGACCAUGGCUGACAGACCACGGCUGACAGACAGGGACACACUAGCUUCCUUUUAUUUUAAUUUGUUCGUCUGAGUACCUACAUAGUUUACAGUAAACUCAUAGCUCAUCCUGUAUGCGGUAGUGCAAAAAAUACAAGAUUACGGAGAUCAGAAAUUCUCAUUAUCACUCGGUAAUCAAAGGUUAACCAGGUAUGGUACCCAGGUCUUCUUCACUUGGUAUUAUAUCGAGUUUUUCAUUUAUUUUUUUAGAGCAAAAGUUGGACGCAUGAUGAACUAUGAACUACGUAUAUCAUUUUAACAAGCCAACCAUUCACUCAUAAUAUUUUACAUUGUUUUAUUGACACCACAGUGAUGAUUUCCAUUUUACAUAUUACUAAUGAC